AUGGCAGAUGUGACAUUCACCGAAGACUCACCAACAAGUCUCCAAGAUCAGGCUCCCAGUCUUGAACAGCCUAAAAGGAGCAACGCUAAAUCGAUUCCAAAGCGCAAGCAGGCAGCGGUGGAAGCUUCCCUGAAAAGCCCACAGGCUUCUAAAACUAGGGCUUCACAAAGUCCACGGCCAGCACCACCGAAGAGCCCAAAACUGAGCAAAUCGCCGAAGGCUGCAAAGCCUCAGAAUCCCACAAUGCUGAAUAUGGUGCUGGAGGCCCUGAAAGAUAACAAAAUCUCUAAAGGAUUAACGGUGCAAGGGAUCAAGCGUUACAUAACAGAAAAGUACCCACACACAAAGGAAACGUUCUCCAGUGCCCGACUAAGACAGGCGCUAGUGAAAGGAUCCGAGAGCAAUGAAAUUAUACGGCCCAAGUCCUCAGAAGAUACUGGAAUGAAAGGCUAUUUUAUACUCAACAGAGCUCUUCAUUCACAGAAGGAUAAAACCAAAUCUAAAGAACCAAAGGCAAAGAAAUCCGUUAGCGGUGAAGAUAAAAUUAAGAUGCCAGCGAAAGUGGCCAAAAAGACUAAGGCUAUGUUAAAUACAUCAGGUUCAGCAAAGACUGGCUCGUCCAAAGCCAAGGUAGCUAAAACUAAACCUGGAACGCCUAAAAGUGGGUCCAAGACAAGUAAACCCGCAAAGUCUAAGGGUGAACCAAAGACAGUUAAGGCUAAAUCAGCAACGCCUAAAAGCGAAACAAAGACGGCGAAAAUCAAACCAGUGACGCCUAAACGUGAACCAAAGACAGUGAUAAAAAAGACAGCAGUCAAAAAAUUGCUGAAGGCAACUUCUACACCUAAAGCAACGGCAACCCCUAAACUCAGCAAGUCCACAACAGCAGGAUCUAGACAAAAGGUGAGAAUUAGCAAUGUUAUUUUUUAUUGGCCGGGCUCUAGUAAAAAAGUGAAAAAAAAAAAAAACUACAGGAGGCUGUGA